AUGGCAUCCUUUUCCAAGAGCUCCUCGAAGGCGGGCACUGGAGUGGGUGGCGGAGGAUGGUCGAAAGCAAAGCAUCAAGCUGCUGGUGGAGGCGGCUCCACCAUAGAAAGGAUCCAGCAGAUUGAGCUAGAAAUCUCACGCACCCAGAAGAACAAGGCCACAGCCAAGCACCUGGGCGAGUUGAAAGCCAAGCUUUGCAAGCUGAAGCGAGAGAUCCUUGAGCCUUCUGGUGGUGGCGGUGGAAAAGCGGCAGGAUUUGAGGUUCAGAGAAUGGGAGACGCCCGCGUGGGUCUUGUCGGGUUUCCGUCUGUCGGAAAAUCCUCGCUGCUCACUGCUCUGACCGGUGUCCAGUCUGAGGCAGCUGCAUAUGAGUUCACCACGCUCACUUGCAUCCCUGGCGUCAUCUACUACAACGACGUCAGAAUCCAGCUGCUCGAUCUUCCUGGCCUGAUCGUUGGUGCUUCGAUCGGCAAAGGCAGAGGGAGGCAAGUCAUUGCAACAGCCAAGUCCUGCGACAUCAUCCUCAUGGUCCUAGAUGCCACUAAAGAUGAUGCGCAGAAGGAGAUGCUUACCAAGGAGCUGGAAAAUGUUGGGAUCCGCCUCAACAGAAAGCCACCAGACGUCACGGUCAGACCAACCAAAGGCGGAGGUCUGAAAUUUCAAGCCACCGUGCCGCUCAAUCACUUCGAUGAAGAGGUGUGUGCGACCAUACUGAAGCAGUACAAGAUGCACAACGCAGACGUAUUGGUUCGCGAGGACAUCACCGAGGAUGAUUUCAUAGAUGUGAUUGAUGGAAAUCGGAAAUACUGCAAGUGCAUUUAUGUGUACAAUAAGAUCGACAUGCUCAGGCUGGAAGAGGUGGAUGAGCUGGCAAGAAGGCCUUGUUCGGUGGUAGUCUCUGUACGAAACAAGUGGAACUAUGAGUACUUGCUGAAACGGCUCUGGGAUGAGAUGGAGAUUGUGAGGGUGUACACCAAGAAGAAGGGCAUGUUCCCAGAUUUUUCCGAUCCACUGAUCAUAACGCCGCAGCGCGGCAACAAGCAGUUUACCGUCGAAAACGCAGUGCAGCUUUUACACAAAUCGCUGCUGGAGGACUUCAAGCAUGCCUUGAUUUGGGGCAGCAGUGUGAAGCAGUCCCCACAGGCAAGUCUUGAUUUACUUACUCGGGGUUAG